AUGUUGGUCUACCAUUUAGUUUGGUUUCCUUUGAUACUCUUAGGGAGCUCUACCCCACUCCUGCCCCAAAAGUGGAAAUCAUGUGAACCAUGUGUCCAAUCAAUCUAUUAUAAUGAAGGGGUGAUUCAAACUAUAUAUUUAGGACCUGCCCCACCAGAAAGAUGCUAUAAGAGCAUGACUGUUUGUCUCUGGGAAAGAAAAAGAGUCUACAUGGCUUGGAUUGAAUCCCAAUAUAAGGGGGAUAUAAUUUGCCCAGGGAAUUUCCCCCCUACCAAUGGAAUUUGGUAUUGCUGGCCGCUGGAUCCUCAGCCUCUGACAUGGGAAAACUUUGUAAAAAGUGAUUCAAGUUCGAUUGCUCCAAGACCCACCGUAAGUCCUAGCCCUGCUGCUAAACUAUAUGAGGGAUUAAGUCCAAAUCUCAACUUUCCUUCUUUGGGGAAAAAUCUCUUUCUGGACCUAGCAGAAAGAAUAGCUAAAAGCCUUGAGGUUAAAAACUGUUGGGUGUGUGGAGGGGCCCUGAUGAGUGAAGAAUGGCCCUGGACCGGAACAAGUCUAGAUGCUUACUCCUUACUACUGUGGAAUAAGACUCAUGUGGAACUAAAAAUUGAAAGGCCCCAGGGCUGGGUCCUCACUUCAGAAGUACUUGGUCAGGAAUGUAUUGGAAGGUUUGGACCUCAACACACCCAGUGGGUAGGGGAAACCCCGUGUAACAGAAUAUUGUUCUGGAACGCCACCUGGUGGCCUCAAAAACCUACUUGGUUUUGGGCAGAUAAACCACAUUGGCUGGGGAUUAGGGGUCUUAUAUGCAAAAAGCCCUUAAAGAAAAGAGUUCUUUUUAACUGUACCACUUCAGACACUAGCCAAAUCAGUUCUUUUCGGAGCAUCCCUGAGAUCCACAAAUUCUGGAACAAUCCAGCCUCCUCUAAUUGGAAAGCACCUGAUGGACUAUUUUGGAUCUGUGGAAAAAAGGCCUAUACCCACCUCCCAACAAACUGGAGGGGAACCUGCACUAUUGGUACUAUUAAACCUGGAUUUUUCCUGUUGCCAAAUACAACUGGAAAAGACCUAGGGAUCCCCUUGUAUGAGGACCUAGGGCCAAGGAAAAAGAGGUCCAUUGGGAAAGGACUUGAUCUAGGAGGUCAACAAUCUUGGGCUGAGGAUGACUGGCCACCUCAGAGAAUUAUUGCCACUUAUGGUCCCGCUACCUGGGCACAGGAUGGCAGUUGGGGCUAUAGAACUCCUAUUUACAUGCUAAACAGGAUCAUUCGCCUACAAGCUGUACUAGAAAUUAUUACUAAUCAGACUGCCACAGCCUUUGACCUCCUAGCCACACAACAAACACAGAUGAGAGCAGCUAUCUAUCAAAACCGCUUGGCAUUAGAUUACCUACUGGCUGAGGAAGGGGGAGUGUGUGGAAAGUUCAACAGCUCAGACUGUUGCAUCCAAAUAGAUGACAAUGGACAGGCAGUCAAAGACAUAGCCAGAAACAUAAGAAAACUAGCACAUGUGCCAGUUCAAACCUGGAAGGGUUUUAAAGCUUGGGAUCCAAGCUCACUGUUUGGAGGAUGGUUUUCAACUCUUGGUGGAUUUAAAAGCUUAAUUGGUAUAGUAGGUCUUCUACUAUUAACUUGUUUAUUGCUCCCAUGUUUGGCUCCCCUGUGCAUUAAAACUAUUGGGUCUACUAUGGAAGCAGCUAUUGAAAGAAGGACAACAAAUAAGAUUUUGGCAUUAUAUAAGACUUUAAGGCAAGAAGGUGAUAAUGAUGCUCUUUAA